GGGAGGGGCGCGGCGGGGGCCACACGCAGCAGGUGCUCAACGCGUGCCCGCACGGCCAGUCCCCGGGGAGGCGGGGCUGCGCGGGCGCCCGGGGCCGGGGCAGUGCCCGCUGGCCCUGCUGGAGCCACCGACGGGCACCGACCGGGCCGGGCCGGGCCGGGCCGGGCCCCGCGACAGCAGGCCCGCGGCGGUGAUGCGAGGCGCCGGAGCAGGGCCCGGGUCCGCCCCGCAGGACGGGCCCCCCAGAGCGAGCCCGGGGGGGGGGGGCGCCCGCCUGUGAGCGCGCACGCGCACUCCCCGCUGCACCCUGCGGGUCUCACCCACCCCCAGACCUUGCCCCUGGACCGCUGCGCCUGGGGGACAAGGGUUGAGGCCCCCGAGCCAGGGACGGAUGAGGCCUUCUUCCCGGAGAUGGUGACUGCGGGAGAAGGGGCCGGCGCCUGGCCCGCAGUGGAUGGAGCCGACCGCGGACACGGAAGGCCCGUGGCCGAGGCUGAGUGCUGCUGUGGCGUGGGGAGCCUGGGGCCUGCAGAGCCCCGGGAGGUGGGCAGAGAGGUGCCCUGAGGGGGGCUUUGCUGACCCCCGGGACCUUGGCCAGGGCACCCAGUCAGCGUUCUUGCUGCAGGAGUCAGGGGGCCGUUGGUGAGGAUCAAUGCAGCUGUGCAGUGGGGCCCUCAGCCCACCUGUCGCAAGGAAAAGAUGUAGAAAGGGGAGCUGCCACUGCCGUCACAAGUCCAGGGCCCUGCCGGCCACAUAACCUGGGCCUUGUGGCAGAGCAGAACGGCCUUGGGGUGCAGCUUUUCGUGUCCAGCUGGGCAAUACCAAAGAUCCUGCCCCCACAGUCCUCCAGCAGCGAGGGGAAGGAAGCCCCAGACUAGAGCUUACUUAGCUGCAGUGGCGGGGGGCUGGCAGGCCAGGGCACAGGGCCAACCCCCCACAAGGAGGCCCAGAGCUCUUACAUCUGAGCCCAGCUUUUCAUCUGAGAGCAGGAAGGUACCUGCCCCGUCCCAGCCCUGGGGGUGGCCUACUCAGUAAUAUAGCAGAAUGACACUAUUGCUGGUGUCCCCUGUUCCCUAAUACCUGCUACCAGGAAAGAAUGCCCAGUGGGGAGGAUCAGACAAGGGGAUUCCCAAGGUGGCUCCCUGAGGUGACUAGUGUGCCCCUGGACACACAGGAAAGCCUCUGCUUGCCCUCCCAGGGCAGUGCACCAUUCACUUAGCCUCACCACACUUGCUGGAUGCCAGGCCCCCAGUUCAGACAGGACCUGAAAAUAAAAGGACAGUGGGCUCAGAGUGAAGAGAAGACAGCCCCUUUCGGGACUGAGCCCUGAACCCACGGUGGGAAAGGUGAGGCCAGAAGGCUGCACCAGGCACUGGAGUGCACAGGUGUGUGCCCAGGUAACCCCUGCAGAGCAGCGCCCACCUCAUCUGCCUUGCUGGUGCUUGAGGCGGGGUACUCUUCCCCGUGUUUACUGGAUGGUUCGUGCUGCUGGGUACGCGCCGCAGGCGGGGAAAACAAACCCACAAAGAUAAGCUCACAGUCCACGUGGCCAGUUGCUCGCCCUGCCUGAUAGCAGGCGGAGGGGACGCAGUGUGGAGCUGAGGACACCGGGAACUAGCGGGGACCCUGCUCGGUCAGCCGAAGGACCGGCAGCAGCACCUGCAAUGGAAGGUUGUGCUCCUGGGGCCCAGCAGCCGCUCCUCUCCAACCAACAGUCUGUCUUCGGUUCUUUGGGCUCAUGUCAAAGCCACCAGAAUCACUGACAAAGCUGAGGUCUCUUCAGAGCCCUGAGUUGAAUUUGGAAUUGGGUCCCCUUUGGACUGGCUCUUUGAACCAAGCUGUGACUCCCUUGGAUCCCGUGUUUGCCUGUACACACAUCUCAGGUGUCCUCAGAUGCUGCCUGCAGGGCAGAAGUUGGGGUGGGCCCAGCCUUGGGGUGGGCGCCGUGGAGCCUCUCCCCGGAGAGGAGCCCCGGAUGCAGCUCCUGGGGGGGCUCCCCUAGCCUUGUCACCUGCAAACCAGGGCCUCCUCUAGGCUGGAGUUCCUGUGUCCUGGCAGGGGUACAGGCUCUGGACCCCGGUCUGCACGGCACCUACAGAGCUGAGGUCCCUGAGGGACGCAGGACACACCCUUGCCGCCAGGAAAAGGUCCAGGACAGCAGAACUAUGAUCUUCUGGUGAUUGGCGGGGGAUCUGGCGGCCUGGCCUGUGCCAAGGAAGCUGCUCAGCUGGGAAAGAAGGUGGCUGUCGUAGACUACGUGGAGCCUUCCCCCCGAGGUACUAAGUGGGGCCUCGGUGGCACAUGCGUGAACGUUGGCUGCAUCCCCAAGAAGCUGAUGCACCAGGCAGCGCUGCUGGGGAGCAUGAUUCGAGACGCCCCCCACUACGGCUGGGAUGUGGCCCAGCCGGUCCUGCAUGACUGGAGGACGAUGGCAGAAGCCGUGCAGAACCAUGUGAAGUCCCUGAACUGGGGGCACCGGGUCCAGCUGCAGGAUAGGAAAGUCACGUACUUUAACGUCAAGGCCAGCUUUGUCAAUGAGCACACAGUUUGCGGUGUUGCUAAAGGCGGGAAAGAGACUCUGCUUUCGGCUGAGCACAUCGUCAUUGCUACUGGAGGGCGACCGAGGUACCCUACCCACAUCGAAGGCGCCUUGGAAUAUGGAAUUACAAGUGAUGACAUCUUCUGGCUGAAGGAAUCUCCUGGAAAAACGGACAAGAAGAGACCCCAAAUUACCUUCAAGAAAGCAGGACGCUUGCUCGUUUAUGGGAUUUCAGCUCUACCCAUGCGACCCAUGCAGUCAAGGACACCUGCAUCUGAAUGGCUGAGCUGGCCCUGGCCUUCUCCCAGGUUGGUGGUCGGGGCCAGCUAUGUGGCCCUGGAGUGUGCUGGCUUCCUUACGGGGCUCGGACUGGACACCACCAUCAUGAUAAGAAGCAUCCCCCUCCGGGGCUUUGACCAGCAAAUGUCUUCCUUGGUCACGGAAUACAUGGCCUCUCAAGGCACCCGGUUCCUGAGAGGCUGUACCCCCUCAAGAGUGCGGAGGCUCCCAGAUGGCCAGCUCCAGGUUACCUGGGAGAACCUCACCUCCGGCAAGGAGGACAUGGGCACCUUCGACACUGUCCUGUGGGCCAUAGGUCGAAUUCCAGAAACCAAAAGUCUGAAUUUGGAGAAGGCUGGAGUAAACACCAACCCCAAGAGUCAGAAGAUCCUGGUCAAUGCUCAGGAGGCCACCUCCGUCCCCCACAUUUAUGCCAUCGGAGACGUAGCAGAGGGGCGGCCCGAGCUGACACCCACGGCUAUAAUGGCAGGAAGGCUCCUGGCCCAGCGGCUGUGCGGUCAGGCCUCGGACGUGAUGGAUUAUGACAACGUCCCCACCACAGUCUUCACCCCGCUGGAGUACGGCUGUGUGGGGCUGUCGGAGGAGGAGGCCGUGGCUCGCCACGGAGAGGAGCACGUGGAGGUUUAUCACGCGUAUUAUAAACCACUGGAGUUUACAGUGGCUGAACGGGAUGCAUCCCAGUGUUACGUAAAGAUGGUGUGCCUGCGGAAGCCCCCGCAGCUGGUCCUGGGCCUGCACUUCCUCGGUCCCAACGCGGGCGAAGUCACUCAAGGAUUUGCUCUGGGGAUCAAGUGUGGAGCCUCCUAUGCGCAGGUGAUGCGGACCGUGGGCAUCCACCCCACCUGUGCUGAGGAGGUGGCCAAGCUGCGUAUCACCAAGCGCUCGGGCCUGGACCCCACUGUGACAGGCUGCUGAGGGUAAGCAGCCAUCCCUGCCAGGCCAAGGGCCCGUGGCACACCGGUAGCCCCACAGCCAGGUUCUUCGGAGGCUCAGAUUCAGGUACACGAGGACGCUGGAGGCCUCACCCCUGCCUGGAGAGCCCCGAGGUAGUUGGCAUGGGUGGCCCCCGGACGGACUGCCGCGUGCCCUGCAGGGAUGGCUCUGGGGCGCUGAGCCCCAGCCCCUCACGCACCCUCCCACCUGGACCAGCCCCGCCAGGCCCCGAUGCCAGAAGAUGACAACGUGUGCAGAAACCCCCCUGUGGGCUGCCCACGUCCGAGCCCCCUGGCGUUUCUGGAAUGUAAAUAAAGAGGGUGUUUUCCUGA